ACAUUGAUAAUGUUAUAGUUUAUCUAAUCUCCAGAAAAAUACAUGAAUUAUUUAUAAUUAUUUCAAAUAAAUAAAUGGCAAAAAAGGUUGAAGGGUGUAAAGUGCAAUUUUCGCUAAUAUGGAAACGCCACUACAUCUGUUAUUAGGGCAUUCGCUUCCCGCCAACUAUCAAAAACCCUAGCCUACUUCCUUUAAACCCUCGUCCCCCUUUUCUCAAUUGCCUCUAUCUUAUCAAAGAAAUUUCCCAUCAAUGGAGGCCCAAGCUGUGAAAUCAAACCUGGUUCUUAUCCUAGAUUAUGGUUCUCAGUACACCCACCUAAUCACUCGUCGAAUCCGAAGCCUAUCCGUGUUCUCCCUCUGUAUUUCCGGCACUUCCUCACUCAAAUCCAUCACUGAUUUAAACCCAUCUGUAAUCAUCCUCUCCGGCGGCCCCCAUUCCGUCCAUGCACAGGACGCCCCUUGUUUCCCCGAUGGCUUUGUAGAGUAUGUUGAAAAAACGGGCAUCUUUGUGUUGGGGAUUUGUUACGGGUUACAGUUGAUUGUGCAGAAAUUGGGUGGGCAAGUAGCUAUUGGGGAAAAGCAGGAGUAUGGGAGGAUGAUGAUUGAGGUCGUGAAAGAUUAUGGUGGAUUGUUCAAGGGUAAAAACAUCGGUGAUAAGCAGGUGGUUUGGAUGAGCCAUGGCGAUGAGGCUGUGAAGCUUCCUGCUGGAUUCGAAGUGGUCGCCAGGAGCGAACAAGGCGGUGUAGCGGCGGUCGCGAAUCCCGGCAGGCGGUUUUAUGGGCUGCAGUACCACCCCGAGGUGACACAUUCACCGGAGGGAAUGGAGUUGUUGCGCCAUUUCCUUUUCGAUAUCUGUGAUGUCUCCGCCGGAUGGAAAAUGGAAGAUGUAAUGGAGGAAGAAAUAAAAGUAAUCAAAGGCAUGGUCGGACCUGAUGACCAUGUAAUCUGUGCAUUAUCCGGUGGUGUCGACUCUACAGUUGCAGCUACUCUUGUUCACAAAGCCAUCGGCGAUAGACUCCACUGUAUCUUCGUUGACAAUGGUCUAUUAAGAUACAAGGAGCAAGAGAGAGUGAUGGGAACCUUCGAAAGAGAUCUUCAUCUUCCUGUCACUUGCGUUGAUGCUUCAGUGCAGUUUUUAAGCGAAUUGAAAGGCGUUACAGAUCCUGAAAAGAAAAGAAAGAUCAUCGGGAAAGAGUUCAUCUCAAUCUUCGAUGCUUUUGCUCAUGAUUUAGAGAAAAAACUAGGAACAAAACCUAGUUAUUUGGUUCAAGGAACUUUAUAUCCAGAUGUAAUCGAAUCAUGUCCACCACCCGGAAGUGGAAGAACUCAUUCUCACACAAUCAAGAGCCAUCAUAACGUGGGUGGGCUUCCAAAAGACAUGAAGCUAAAGCUCAUUGAACCCCUUAAGCUUCUCUUCAAGGACGAGGUUCGGGAGUUGGGUCGGAUCUUGGAUGUUCCAGUUGCGUUCUUGAAGAGACACCCGUUUCCUGGACCGGGUCUUGCUGUACGGAUACCGGGUGAUGUGACCCAAGGAAAUGCACUGGAGAUUCUUCGACAGGUGGAUGAGAUAUUUAUCCAAGCGAUUAAAGAUGGUGGGAUAUACGAUGAAAUAUGGCAGGCUUUUGCUGUGUUUUUACCCAUUAAAACGACAGGUGUUCAAGGAGAUCAGAGGACUCAUUCUAAUGCUGUUGCACUUCGAGCUGUUACAAGUCAAGAUGGCAUGACUGCUGAUUGGUAUUAUUUUGAGCAUAAGUUUUUGGAUGAUGUGGCGAGAAAGAUAUGUAAUAGUGUUCGUGGGGUCAACCGGGUUUGUUUGGAUAUUACAUCGAAGCCUCCAUCCACAAUUGAAUGGGAAUGAAUUUGUGGGGGUUGACUUUAUUUGGGUCAAUGUGUUGGGGAUUUAAUUUAAUUAUGUGAAAUUGGUAAAGGUUUUUGGAGGGUGGCAACUAUGUAAGUGGUGAAUUUUGCAUAUGACAAUUUGUUUGACAUUAUGUGGUUGUCUUUGUGUUUUAUAAGUUAUAAUCCUUUUUUUUUAA